CGCUCUUAGGGCGGAGAGUGGACAGUGACGCAACGGCGCAUGCGUAAGGAGCAAGGUGACGCUAAAGCUAGCCGGCUGCUCCUAUCAGGGCCCUGCCAGCGCGCAGGCGCGCUGAAGGAGCAGGUGCCGGAUUGUCUGACGGGCGGCUCCUGAUGCUUCAGAGGUUUUCAGAGGCGGCUUCUUCGAUGGUUCGUUGAAGAGAACUUCCGGUCUUUUUUUUUCCGGCUGCCUUCCUCCUUCCACCUUCCAUCUCCGCGCCUCAUAUUAGGGGAGCUGACAGAGCAGCCCCUCUUUCAGCAUCCCUGUCAUGAAUACUGCAGCAUGUGUCCUUUCUAAUUGAGGCAGCCUGCCAGAAAACAGGCCUGCUUAGGGUCUCCCUCCUCUUGUGGUGCAGAGCCUGCCUUCCAUCCUGUCCUGUUCCCUGCUUCUAGGGUUUGAGCGGAGGUGUGUACCUGCCCUGCUCUUGUGGCAGGGCUCCAGGCCAAGUCAGGAUGAAGCUGGUGCGGAAGGACAUCGAAAAGGACAAUACUGGGCAGGUGACCCUCAUCCCUGAAGAGGCUGAGGACAUGUGGCAUGCCUACAACCUGCUGCAGGUGGGUGACAGCUUGCGGGCCUCCACUAUCCGUAAGGUGCAGACGGAGUCCGCCACAGGCAGUGUGGGCAGCAACCGUGUCCGCACCACUCUCACGCUCUGUGUGGAGACCAUUGACUUCGACUCUCAGGCAUGCCAGCUGCGUGUCAAAGGCACCAACAUCCAGGAGAAUGAGUACGUCAAGAUGGGGGCUUACCAUACCAUUGAGCUGGAGCCCAACCGACAGUUCACCCUAGCUAAGAAACAGUGGGACAGUGUGGUGCUGGAGAGGAUUGAGCAAGCCUGCGAUCCGGCUUGGAGCGCUGACGUUGCUGCUGUGGUGAUGCAAGAAGGGCUGGCUCAUGUUUGUCUGGUCACCCCUAGUAUGACUCUGACUCGGGCCAAGAUUGAGGUGAACAUCCCUAGAAAACGACGGGGGAAUUGCAGCCAGCAUGACCGAGCAUUGGAGAGGUUCUAUGAGCAGGUGAUGCAAGCAAUUCAGCGUCACAUCAACUUUGAUGUGGUGAAGUGUGUGCUGGUGGCCAGCCCAGGGUUUGUGAGAGAGCAGUUCUGUGAUUACAUGUUCCAGCAAGCUGUUAAGACGGACAACAAACUAUUGCUGGAGAACCGCUCCAAAUUUUUGCAGGUAAAUAAAAACUCAAAAUUCAAGGUACACUCUUCCUCUGGACAUAAAUAUGCAUUGAAAGAAGCACUGUGUGACCCAGCUGUGACUAGUCGACUUGCUGAUACUAAAGCAGCUGGAGAAGUCAAAGCUUUAGAUGAUUUCUACAAGAUGCUACAACAUGAGCCAGACCGGGCUUUUUAUGGUCUCAAGCAUGUGGAAGAGGCCAAUGAAGCCAUGGCUAUUGAUACUUUAUUGAUCAGUGAUGAACUUUUUAGGCAUCAGGAUGUGGCUACUCGCAGCCGUUAUGUACGGCUAGUUGACAGUGUGCGUGACAACAUGGGCACUGUUCGCAUCUUCUCCAGUCUUCAUGUGUCUGGGGAACAGCUUGGGCAGCUGACAGGUGUGGCUGCCAUUCUACGUUUUCCUGUUGCUGAGCUGUCUGACCAGGAAGAUGAUUCCAGUUCUGAAGAAGAUUGAUGAUUGUAUAUUCAUUCCCUCUUACCAUACAAUAAGGCUACUGUAGCAAGGGAGGAAGUGACUUUAUCCCAAAUAUUAUAUGCCUCUGAACCAUGCCUUACAGCCGCCCCCGAAAAAUUGAGGACACUAUGUUUUUUUAAAGUGGUUAGUAAGGUGAGCAUCUAGUGCACUGCUCUAGAAUAUCACAUAUUUAUAUAUUUUCCUUGGUGUGGUGAUAAUGAUUAUGAUUGUUCUGUCCUAGCAAAACUAGACUGACAUAAUUAAUAGAAAGACAUCACUGUUGCUUUGUGGAAUAUGUGGCAAAACAAUAAACUGAUACCUUGAAAGAA